CGUAGGUGUGGAUCUGGUCAUGGCCAGCCAUACCUGGGGCCCCACUAUAAAACCUGGCUUGUUUGGUCAGAAGGCAUCAGUCUGAAAACAACAUGUACUGCAAAACCAUUGUUGUAUUGUGCCUCCUGGCCGUCGCAUUUGCCGUCCAGGAGACGCCAGAAGAUUUGAAGACCGACAACACUUUCGGCUUGGGUUACGCCUACGGUCGUGGAUUAUACGGUUACGGCUACAGUAAAUACUUAUACCCCAGCUACUACAACUACGGAUAUGGAUACGGAAAUGGUUAUGGGUAUUAUGGAUAUCAUGGAUAUCCUAAAUACUACUACGGUUACUAUGGUUACCCAUACGGACACUACUACGGUUAACUUACAGUUUAUUUUACAAUAGCUUUUGUAAUUAAACAUACAAUAAAUCUUUUUUUAAGCAAAA